AUGUCUUCUCUAAACACUUGUCCCAAGGGCUCCUCUUCUUCUCGAUCUCCUGCUUAUCGUACUGGAGAUGGGGUCGAUGAUCAUGCAAUCGAGGUUCGUAGUAAACUUCACCCAUAUGCGCAGAAGAAUUUGGAUGAAAACGUCCUUCAUCUGUUUGAAAACACCCUUGUUCUGGUUCUUCACUGGUUUGGCUUGGUGCCGGAAGAAAUGGCCAAUUUGUUCAAGGAAGAUGCUGAGGCUCCUCUGUGCUUCCAAAGUUCUACGGCUCUGUCUUCUCAUACCUGGGUCAGUAAGAACUUGAGUCAUUCCUAUCCUUCGAGUGAAGUGAGGAAUAGUGCAGUGAGGUGGUCUAAUUGGAUUGAUAGACUUCUCCCAAGGCAUGGAGCUUAUUGGAAGAAGGCUGGAAUUCAUGACGCAAUCCUUCUGUCUAAGAAUUUUGUCAAUAGAGAUGUGAACCUGCUGGCUGCUGCUUUGUGCUUCUAG